AUGAUUGUCGCCUACUGUUUUAAGUUGGAUGAAUGGAAAACCAUUGUAAAAUUAAUUAAAAAAUCCGACUGGAGCGAAAGUAAAAUUAGCAGUUUUUAUCGCGACGAAAGUCCCUACGAUCUUAUUUACCUAUCGUUUAACUUUAUUUUCAUUUCCCACGUACUGAUUUACAACUUAAUCGCGUGGCAAGUGGUGCUAUUUGUCGCGUUCAAAUACAAGAAUCUGGUGGAAUAUUUGAAGUGUCCCGCGAAAUUCGAGCCUUACGACUUAAUAGUCGGCCGCGAGUUAACUGAAUUGAGCCGACUGAUUGGAAAAUUCAAUAAAGUUUUCGGAAGCUACCUGUUUUUCAGAAUCAUAUUACUAGUGGUAAACAUUUUGAUACUGGUGUGCCACUACAUGAAAACCACGUUUGGAAUCAGACGUUUCAUUGCGACUUCCGCCAUCGAGUGCUACAACACCAUCUUCUGUUUGACUUUUAUUUUAGCCUGCGAGAAAUCCGAGGUUUAUUUCGAAGACUUGAUACAAACCUGCAUUUACUUACAAGUGGAAGCAGGGGAAGAAAACGCCAGAAAACUGACUAAUUGGGCCAAGGAGCUCCGUCCCAAAUUUAACGCCGCCGGUUUUUUCCUGAUACAUCAGAAGAUCUUGACGACUGUAUUCUCAAAUGUAGCCAUGUAUCUGAUAAUAAUCCUGCAAUUUAAAUUCUCCACGUUAUAA